AUUGAAGAUUAAUAUGUUAUCCCAUAGAAGUAUGUUAUUAGUGAUACCGUUCAGUAGAUAUGCGUGGUGUUAGAAAGUGUAAUUACUUAGUCCGAGGUUUACAGAGGUUUCUCUGACCGAAGCUUGCUUAUGUAUAUUGAAUGUUCCCAUGGCAUAUAUAGUGGAAGCUGUAUCCUCAAACCAUUUGGUAUUCUUCUUUGAUGGAUCAUCCUAUGGUGGCCUUUGUUCAGCUUAAUUGGGCUGGAAAAGAUACACUUGCUGGCUUUAAGACACUCGCAAAAGCAGCUUGCCUCAUCGCAAGAGUAACCCUCCAAAUGUACUGGACUGCAGUUCCCCUUACCCACAGCUAAUACGGCAGUUGGCGGCAGCCUCCUCCUCCUCCUCAAAUGAUGCUGCAGUAUAAAAGGAACAUUUUCUCUUCCCCUUGAAGAACUGCUGCUGUAUGAAGUUAUCACUGUAGGCUUCUGACAACUGUUCCGAACUUUCCAGAUAUGUUAUGAAUUUGGGUUGCAGGGUGGGUUGAAGAGUGCUUUGGAUGCUUGUCUUAAAACUUUGACAAAAUUCCAACUCUGAUCAUUUGGCAGUCUUAACUCUUGUCCCAGAUGACAUCGUGCUGAAUGCUUCUGCAGCUGGUGCUCGGUGCUCGGGUGCUUAAGGUUUUACUGAGCAAGUGUGCGCUGCAAGACUGAACUAGUCUGCUGUAUUUGUAGAAGAUGGGUCAUUGUGUGAACAGCUGCUUGGUUGGAGCUGCUGCUGAAUCUCUGCCUAUAAGCAUCAAAGUUUGUGUUAGUGCUCGGCUUUGCAGUUGGGUAGGGCAGAGUUUGGAAAUAAAACAACACUGGCUUAUAAUCUAAGCCGAAAUGCAUUUUGAGUUUCAUCUAGGCUCAGUAAUAAACUCAGGCCAUUUCUGGCUGCCCUGUCCCUUCUGUUCUCUUUUGCUGAAACUUGCCUUCUAGCGAGAAUCAUGGGACCUUGGAAUCCCGGGAAACCGUGCUUCCCGGAGAACUUUGUGCUAAGGAGCCCGUGGGGGAACUUGCAUAACAGGGUGAGGGGAGGCCCUGGGCUGCUCCAGGGCAGGAAGGCAUUGGCAAUUGCUUAGGUCUUCCUGAGAUGCUAGGAAAACUGAGAGCCCUCGAAAAGAACAAAUGCAUUCUAACUGAGACAGGGGAGUUGGCCCAUUCCUAGUCAGAAAAUGUGGUGGCGGCAGCCCAUCCUAAUAUACUUAAAACAUACUGUGAAUUGUAAAAUGAGCCCUGCUUUGAUUGCCCUAGCCUUUUUUCCCCUAAAGCUAAAUCUGAGACAUCUUGAAAAAGGUCUGCAUACUGGACAUGUAUAAUAAAAGACUUUAAAUUUUGUACUUUCUUCUGAACUGGAGUGGUCAGAACAGAUACUUACAGACAAUCUUGUUUUCCUAAAAUCCUUGUCCAUUACAAGAUUACUUUUAGGAAAUUAGACUAUGUAAGAUAUGCACAGUAGAAACGAAAUCUGAGUGAAUUUUGGUAUCUUGUUUUUUUGUGUAACUUUAAUACCUGAUCUGCACAUAAUCCUAAGCAAAGGUUUGUGCUGUUGAAAUAUGGCUCGGUGACUUGGUCUGCAUAUCACUGUAGUAAUUUCUGGGUUGUCCUCACAGUUCCUAGGUUAAACAAAUGGAGCACAUAAGCUAUGUAUGAGCCACUUUUAAUGAACCCAUUCCUGGGCUGUUUUUUAACAUGUGAAUUCAGCAGCUUUGGAUUGUUUAGAGGUUAAGCAGCCCAGAGUUUAUCUAGCAACAAGCAGCUGGCAUUAUUGGGUUAUUUAGGUUAAUUAACUGACUGCUCCUCAGUUUCUGGGUUUAGAGGACUCAAAACAAUGAAAAAUGGAAAUGGUUUGCACGCUCUGCUCAUUUGCACAGUUUGUGGGUUUCACCCAGGAAUAGUGAUGCGCAAAAUGGUCACAUCUUGGGAUGGAGUAUAGACACAGGGAAGCUCAGCAUUAUGGGUAGCUUUUCUGUUUGCGUGUUAAGAGUCCAGGCCCCGCACUUUUGAUGGGUGUUCAGGUAGCAUACCUACCUCCAGACGGUGGGUGAACAUAAAUCUCCAUUGUUACUUGCUCUGGAUACUGGGAAAAUGGAAGCAUUUUCCCUAGACAGUUGCUCAUGCUUCCUGUUUUGAGAGUAUUGAAACAAUGGUAUUUCUAUGAAGGAUUACUCUGGAAAUUUUCUUGAAAUCUCUAAAAGCAAAACAACUGUAAUUUUGCUUGCUUCCUCUUUGUUCGUCAAACAAAAUGUAGAAAAGACUAAAUCUUCCAUAAAGCUGAUUUUACCAGUUAUAGAUGUGCUAGCUAGCUCUGAAUGCAGCACUGCAGGUCUCAUCUCUGCUCUGUGUUGUGCAGGUGGGAAACCCCGGGACUCAACUCAUUCUAAAAAUAUUGUAUUAGGUUGGCGGUCGAAAAAGGAUUCCCUCGUUUUAGGGAGCUCCUGCAUGUGGAGAGUUUGAAAUGCAGAUGAAUCAGGGCGUACAGCUCCAAUAUCCCAGUAUUCGCGUCUCCUAAUACUGAGCUCAGAAGAUGGGCGCCCAAAUAUUGAAAAACAAGAGGGAGGUGGUGUAAUAAUUGAAGAGCGUCAAGGUUUGUAGAAGUGCAGCAGAAACAAGAAGAGCGCAGAUAACCAAAAAACGCAAGCUUUAUUGGAAGUAAAUGAUAGGUGGAGAAUGACUUGAGGUACUGCUCCAAACCGAGUUGGCCUUUUGACUGGUUGGAAGGUGCUUAAUCACAAGGAGUAAUCAAAACGAUGGCCCGGUAACAAUUAAGUAUUUACAGCCUUUUUUCAGUGGGACUCCAUGGGGGUACUUGCAGCUCCCAAACUGUUGUGGUACCUUAAAGAACGCCAGGUUUCUUGUGGCAGAAGCCCAGGGUUUUUAAAACUUAAAUUUAAUUAGCUUUUAACUUUUAUUUAGUAGAAGUACUGGGAAGCUAAUUAUUAAAAGGCAGGCUGAUAAUUGUUGUAGAGCCACGGCAUGCUUAGCUGUUGUGAACGAUUAUUUAUAAAUGUUGUCUAAUAGUGUUAGACAAACAUAAUCAUGUGCCGCCAUUAUGGAAAACAGCUUGUCAACAAUCCGCUAAAACCAAAUAGUUUUGGACCCAAAGUAGCUUUGCUACUUCGCCCAUCACGUCAGUGUCAUUCUUUGCCGUCUUCUUGUGUUCCUUAACUCUCUCGGCAGGAUCCUUCAGAACACAAUCCUGCACGUGCUUAGACAGGAAAAGGGUCCUGUAACUCCCAGCAUCCCCAGCAUGGUGACUGGGAAAUGCUGAGAGCUGAAAGGGUUUUGUCUUCCUGUUUGAGCAUGCACAGGAUUGUACCCUUUCUCUACCUGGGAGUGGAUCUAAAUGUUUCAGAAGUCACCAGUUAAGAGUGAACGGUCGCAUCCUGCAUCUGUUUGGGCACACAGUGGACCUGGCCUUGGGACCUGGCCCUGACCUGCACUACUUGUGACAAAUUACACACUUCCCGGGGUGAUCUGAAAAAAAUAUGUGGGAGGGGGUAGAACCAUGGAUGCCGUCCCAAACACCCGUGAGGGGAAUUAGCACACAACAAGCGAGCUUUGCACGAAGCGUCCAGUUCAGGGUUGUGCUUGCAUUGCUCAUGCCUCCCCUUCAAUGCCUUUCUUUUUCUAGAAUCCAGCAACUAUCACUAGGAUACUACUUAGUCAUUUCAACUGGGAUAAAGAAAAGCUGAUGGAGCGGUACUUCGAUGGCAACCUGGAAAAGCUGUUUGCAGAAUGUCAUGUAAUUAAUCCUAGUAAAAAGUCUCGAACCCGUCAGAUGAACACGAGGUCUUCUGCACAGGACAUGCCUUGCCAGAUCUGUUACCUGAACUAUCCUAAUUCGUACUUUACUGGCUUGGAGUGUGGACACAAGUUUUGCAUGCAGUGCUGGAGUGAAUAUUUAACUACCAAAAUAAUGGAGGAAGGCAUGGGACAGACAAUUUCGUGCCCUGCUCACGGCUGUGAUAUCUUGGUUGAUGACAAUACAGUUAUGCGCCUGAUCACAGAUUCAAAAGUUAAAUUAAAGUACCAGCAUUUAAUAACUAAUAGUUUUGUAGAGUGCAAUCGACUGUUAAAAUGGUGUCCUGCUCCCGAUUGCCACCACGUUGUUAAAGUUCAGUACCCUGAUGCUAAGCCUGUUCGCUGUAAAUGUGGCCGCCAGUUUUGCUUCAACUGUGGUGAAAACUGGCACGAUCCUGUUAAAUGCAAGUGGUUAAAGAAGUGGAUUAAGAAGUGUGAUGACGACAGUGAGACUUCAAAUUGGAUUGCAGCAAAUACCAAGGAAUGCCCCAAGUGUCACGUGACUAUAGAGAAGGACGGCGGCUGUAAUCACAUGGUCUGUCGGAACCAGAAUUGCAAAGCAGAGUUCUGCUGGGUGUGUCUUGGCCCUUGGGAGCCCCACGGGUCUGCCUGGUACAACUGUAAUCGCUACAACGAGGAUGAUGCAAAGGCAGCGAGGGAUGCCCAAGAGGAAUUCACGCAGCGAUCCCGAGCAGCCCUGCAGAGGUACCUCUUCUACUGCAACCGCUACAUGAACCACAUGCAGAGCCUGCGCUUUGAGCACAAGCUCUACGCCCAAGUCAAGCAGAAGAUGGAGGAGAUGCAGCAGCACAACAUGUCGUGGAUCGAGGUCCAGUUCCUGAAGAAAGCGGUGGACGUCCUCUGCCAGUGCCGCGCCACACUCAUGUACACAUACGUCUUUGCCUUCUACCUCAAAAAGAACAACCAGUCCAUCAUCUUCGAGAAUAAUCAAGCAGAUUUGGAAAACGCUACUGAGGUCCUUUCCGGGUAUCUGGAACGAGAUAUAUCCCAAGAUUCACUGCAAGACAUAAAGCAGAAAGUGCAAGAUAAGUACAGAUACUGCGAGAGUCGGCGAAGGGUCUUGCUGCAGCACGUGCACGAGGGAUACGAGAAGGACCUGUGGGAAUAUAUUGAGGACUGAGACUGCCCGCAUAAAACGAACUCUGGAAACCUCUCGCCAUCUAGAGUGCUCAUGCAAUUAAAGCAAAACACACACAAACGGGGCACUACGCCUGUUACACCGCUGGUCUGUAGUACCGGAAUUCUGUUUUUGUUAACGGAAAAAUUUAAGUAAAUUAUAUUGUAAUAAAAAAAGGUAGAUAAACCAUUGUACAACAGUAUUCUAGGUGGCCAGUAAGUGUGACAGACGCACUAAAAAAACAAAGCAACCCUCCAACUUUAACUUGUAACGUAGCUUCAUUCUCCAAGCUGACUUCUCCCCUCCUUUCUCCUAUGCGUAUUACAGAUUAAAUUUAAAACAGUUUCUUGACACUGCUUUUCAUGUCCAACCAGCCAUUUUGAUGUUCUUUGGUAUGAGAUUUCCCCUCCCCUCCCAUCUGCUCCCCUCACACAUGCACCAGUUCAUGGGUGAAUGUUGUUUGGCUUAUUGUAAAGGAGAUUUGGGGAGGGGUGGGAGGAGGGGGUACACAGCGAGGAAAAAACUUUGUAUAUGACUUUUAAAAAACAAAGAGGACAACACAGUAUUUUUCAAAAUUGUAAAUAGCGCAUAUGCAUGGACAAAGAGCAAGCGUGGCACGUGUUUGCAUAAUGUUUAAUUACAAAAAUAUUUAUUCUUUAAAAUCUUCAAGAUGUCUAUUUGCUGUGCAUUUUUCUUUCCGUUUGCUUUUUACCUGGAAUAGGGAUGGGCGGUGGGGCAGCGUGUGCUCCUGCGAUGACUCUCCUUCCCCCUCCCUCCCUCCCUCCCUCCCUCUCGGUGUCGAGAGAGACCCUGGCCCCCCUCCUGCGGCUCCUUUGCAGCUAUUCCAUUGUUCGGGUGUGUUCAUUGCUGGCAACGGACACCGUCCCAUUUGCACUUCCAACUUUCUGGCGCAAAGCAGCUCACCUCGGCCUGCGUUUCCCAUUUGGAAACAACAGCGUAGCGAUUCAGGCUGCUUUGCCUCUGCUCAGAACGCCCAUCCCUCCUGCACGUCGGGACAUCCACCCUGCCUCUGGCUCAUAGUCGUUUAUAGGAAAGGUUAGGACUUUUCUCUGUGGAUUGAAGUGCUCAAAUGGAACAUUCCGCGUUGUGUUUUCUUUGUCAGUUGUGAAACACUGAAAACAAAGAUGGAGCUGCUGCGAGAAACCGUUUUGGGCUGGUUUGUUGGGAUAAGUGCCUGCUAUAGCAAACACUCCAUCGAGCUGCGAGGGUCUGCAUUCUGUGAAGUCACCGGGUGUCUCCCCCCCCCCCCGGACAGAAGAGUUGAGUUUCAACUAAACUGGCAUUUAUUGUCUUUUUUUCCUUUUUAAAUGAAAGCUAUAUUAAAGCACCAGUUGGAAGCAGUUCAGUAAAGCUGCCCCUGCAUGGGAGUGCCUUUCUAGUAUGUUUUUCCCCUACCAUGGCAGUGUUUACACUUCCCAGUUGAGAGGAAAAAUUUGGAUCUGCUGAAGCAGUAAAAUCACAGUCUGUGUAAAGUUGGUUUCCCAAAGGGCUACUUCUGCUAUGCUUUCACGUAGAGACUGGCCAGGAUCCAAAGAUCUGUUCGACAAGUUUCAUGUGCACUGAGUGAUGCUUCGGAUUGCUUUUCUGGGACAGCAGCUCUCCCAUGCAGCCUGGCAAAGACUUGGAAAACCGCAGGGAAAUGCAAAAAGGGAAUUGUUGAAAGAGCAUCGGAGUUUACUGCAGGAGUGCAAGCUCUUGAGCCUAAUCUAAGACCGCGUGGCUUGUGUAUCGACUGAAGUUGGAACUUUGCCUCGGUUCCCAUGCAACUUUGCUGUGACAGGGCUUGUUUGCUUGUGGUUCACCUGAUCCGUCUCCAAAGCAGAAACAACUUUAUGCCUGCUGUUGGGGCUGAGAAUGCUGAGCUUCCUUAGUCAAGUUGCACUUGCAGAAGAAACAACUCCAGAGGAGUGGCACUUAGUUCGUCAGAGAAUUUUGCGCUCGCAUUGAGCGCAGUGCCGCUGUGCUGCUCAGAUGCCUCUCCAGAGGUUUUCCGCCACGUCCUCUGCCAUGCCUUUGUACACUGCCACCCAGGAUUGACUGAAAACUUCCAGUACAGUUAAGAUUAUCUUUUUCUAAGGUUCUUUUAGCAUCUUUGCUUGGAAAUGAGUUGAUGAACAGGUGGCCAUGCUGUGUGGGUGUGUAAAAUGGAUGAAUGUAUUCAUGCUUCCCGCCCCCAAUUUUUCUUGUUUCUAAACAGCUUGCUCUUGCCAUUCCCUUCUCUCCAUUUUUUAAAAAUACAAACUGUAUAUAAAUGUGCUGUAUCUUCUGCUUAUGAAGACCAUACACUUUCCCCCCCCUUUUGGUGGCGGGGUGGGGGGAACUUCCUAAAACUCUAGGUUUAAGAGUGAAACUGCUUAAACAGAAAUUCUUGUAAAGGCUUACUCAGAAUCUAAACUCCUCCCCCCAUCCUUAAAGUCCCUUUUAUUAAAAUAGCAAAUACUUGGCAAUGGAGAUGCUACUCUCAAGCUUUGGUUGGUGCAAUAUACUAAAAUAAGGUUUGUGUUGACUUUAUCAUGGGCUAAUUGAAUGAAGGUCCUCUAGCCACACAAGACAGGAGAGCAGAGCAUGGUCUGUAUUUAGCACCCACCCUCUUCUAUUCCACUUAAUUCACAGCAGCUUUUUUUUUUUGGUAGUGUAUAUAUCAGACAGUCUUAAUUUUUCAAAACCAUUUAACCCUGAAAUGUUUUAGUACAACUGCUGUAUUAGAAAUCUGUUAUUGCGUGAGAUGGAAGCGAUGCUCUUUCGAAAACCUUUCCAUGUACAGGAGGAUCUUGUUAUCCAGCGCUUGGGGGUGGCGAGACAAUCGGGCAGGGCUGUGACAGAAGACUUGUAAUCUGAUUUCUCCAUCUAGAGAGCACCUCAUGCUGUGGAAAUAACUGUUCUUGGACUUCAUUGUAACUGCUGGACUGUUCCGUGUUAAGGCUAAACAGAGGGAGAGAAAGCGUUCCUAAUUCUAAUAAACUUUUAUUUUGUUA